AUGCUGCAACCCAACAACACCUUUGUGGUUCGUAGACAAGCACCCGAGCUAAUAACUCCAGCAGAACCCACACAUCGAGAGCUUAAGCUACUAUCUGACAUUGAUGAUCAAGAUGAACUUCGCUGCCAGGUUCGAUCAAUUCAUUUUUUUCCUAGGAAUCCCGAAAUGGAAGAUAAAAACCCCGCUACCGUGAUCAGGGAGGCUUUAGCCAGGGUGCUGGUGUUUUACUACCCUUUUGCUGGCAGACUAAAGGAAGGUUCGGGCAGGAAACUUAUGGUGGACUGCACCGCCGAGGGUGCAUUGUUUAUUGAAGCGGAGGCAGACGUUACUCUUGACGAGUUUGGAGAAAGCAGGCCUCAUCCGCCAUUUCCUUGUUUGGGGGAACUCCUUUAUGAUGUCCCUGGUUCUAGUGGCAUUCUCGAUUCCCCGUUGCUAUUAAUUCAGGUGACUCGUCUUUUAUGUGGAGGUUUUAUUUUCGCUUCACGAAUGAAUCAUACCAUGUGUGACGGGCAAGGAGCGGCACAGUUCCUGAUUGCAUUGGGUGAAAUUGCCCAAGGUGCAUCUCAACCAUCCAUUUUGCCCGUUUGGCAAAGAGAGUUGCUUUUUGCAAGAGACCCGCCAUGUGUGAAAUUUAUUCACCCCGAGUAUAAGGAAAAAACGAACCCCAAAGACUCCCACAUGAAGAUGGAUGAUCAGAUGACCCCAAAAACAUUUUUCUUUGGACCUUCCGAGGUCUCAGCUCUUCGUAGGUCUGUUCCAGAUGAUAUAAAAAAUUGUACUACUUAUGAGGUACUAACAGCUAGUAUAUGGCGUUGUCGCACGAUUGCCUUAGAACCUAAUCCUGAGCAAGAGAUGCGUUUUAUGUUUGCUGUCAAUGCACGUGCUAAGUUGAACCCUCCUAUUCCUGUAGGAUAUUAUGGAAACUGUGUCGUUCAUCCAUGUGCGAGUUCAACAGCUCAAGACUUGUCAAACAAACCAUUAGCCCAUGCAUUACAACUUGUGAGGAAGGCCAAAUCUAGUGUAUCCGAAGAGUUUGUCAGGUCAACAAUUGACGUAUUGGUUAUUAGAGGGCGGCCAUCUUACAACUAUGAUUCCACAUAUGCAAUCUCAAACCUAACCAGAGUUGGAUUCGAUGAAAUAGAUUUCGGGUGGGGGAAAGCAACUUAUGGAGGGCCUGCCUUUGGGGAAUUAGCUUACCGCCCGGAUGUCUUCAGUUACUACGUGUCUUCUACAAACAGCAAAGGUGAAUCUGGAAUCAUGAUAUCCUUAUCCUUGCCAAACUCUACAAUGGAGAAAUUUAUCAAAGAGCUAAAUAAAAUGUUGAUGUAG